AUGUCAGAAAAAGAUAAAGCAAAGGGGAACACCCAAACAAAACAUCUACCAAAAGACGCUCAAGUAAUAAUGUCUAUCAUGAAAGAAGUGGGAAUUACAGAUUACGAGCCUAAAGUCGUUAUUCAACUCCUCGAGUUCACAUACAAAUACGUUACAUCAGUGCUCGACGAUGCCAGAGUAUUUGCUAAUCAUGCUAAGAAAAAGACGAUAGAUCUAGACGACGUUCGGUUAGCCGUACAGAUGCAAUUAGACAAGUCUUUUACGAGUCCUCCGCCGAGAGAAGUACUUCUUGAGCUUGCUAGAGUUAAGAAUGUCAACCCACUGCCAUUGAUCAAGCCACACUGUGGGUUAAGGCUACCUCCUGAUCGUUACUGCCUUACCGCGUGCAACUAUCGUUUAAAAUCAGUACAAGCAAAGAAAACCACAGCCAAGACCCCAGUCCCUUCUGCUCCAAUCAAAACUAUUACGACAUCUAAAUCAGGAAAUCCGAACUUAGUUGUUAAGAGAUCUCAGGGAGCCAUAAAUGUUGGCGGAAAGGGGAAUACUGCUCCUAAGCCUGUUUUGAAAUUUACUUCAGGCAGUAAGGUGGUAGCAAAACCAGCAGUACGAGUGACAUCUGGACCUCCUCAGCAAAAUCCAGUCAAAAUGGAGACAGAUGACAUUUCUCUUAAGAGGAAAAGAGAUGAUGAUGACUAUGAUAUGUAA